AUAUAUUCAACCAUGUCUGAAAGUUGUACAUGGUGCAUGAACACACCAUUUUAUAGCGUUUAAUAUCACUCUACAACGAGAAUUUCGAUCAAGGCUGCAAAGACGAAGAGUUAAACAAAGGCUGUCUUGGCUAGUACCUGAUAAACUUCUUCUAAUUCGAAGCACAGCUCAUGGGAAUUCAAAACUUUCGUAGCAGAACUGACCGUUGAUUGCUCAGGAGGACGAAGAGAAGUGCGAAUAAUAAAUUAAUCUCUCUGCUGGAACUUUGAUUUUAUUCUUCCAAGAUGAGUUCAACAACCACUAGACGUGGGAGACUUACACGAACAGGAUCUUCAGCUACGGAAGAUCAGGCACUGAAUCAAAUCGCACAUGAAGCCGAAGCAAGGUUGUCAGCUAAGAGAGCUGCAAGAGCAGAAGCAAGAAACAUCAGAAUGAAAGAACUUGAAAGACAGCAGAAAGAAGCUGAUGCUGAAUUGGAUAAGCAAUAUAAAAUAACUGGAACAGGUCAUGUUGGUCGCUCUAGUUCAGUCGGAGGUCUAAGUACUAUGGCAAAGGAUGAAAAUGAUGCAGAAAUGAAUGGGCCAUUAGUUCCUGAAAAGGUUUUAAAAUCUGUUCAGGAUAACCUUCGUGAAACAGAAGACAAAUACAGAAAAGCUAUGGUUUCUAUUGCUCAGUUAGACAAUGAAAAACAGGCUUUGCUGUACCAGGUGGAUUGUCUCAAAGACAGAUUGGAUGAAGAACAAGAAGUAUCAUCUGAAGUAAAAAAUGAAUUAACAGAUUUAACAAAGGAAUGUAAUCGACACCAAAGAACUAUAAAAGACAGAGAUGAACAAAUUCAACGACUAAAAGAUGCAAUAACAUUUAGAGACAAUUGGCUGGCAGAAAGAGGUUUAUCUCUCUUUGAAGAGAAAGAUGAAGAUGAAUUACCUGGUCCUGAGGAGGGAAUUUUUGUCACUGAUAAUCCUGGUUUAGAAAGAAGUAGUGUUUCAGAGACCGAUCGAAGUAGAUCUAAUAGUCAGUCAAGCAAGGCAUCGGUUGCAGAAGAAAAGGAGGCGUUAGUUAUUCAGGUUCGUAAACUUCAGGAAGAAAUAUUAGUAUUGAAAAGAGGAGAAAAUGAACCUCCAAAAACAAUUACAGCAGACUUGGAAGAGCUUAGAAGAGAAUUUACUCGACAAAUAAAUGACUUUAGAAUUAAACUUCAAAAGGCAGAGCAAGAAAAUGCUCGACUAGAAGGAGUGGUAAUGAGACUUGAAAGCCAAGUCAAGAGAUACAAGACACAAGCAGAAACAGCUGUCAGCACAGAAGAUGAACUAAAAUCAGAAAAUAGGAAACUAAAUCGAGAGCUACGGAAAACUCAAGAUGAAGUCAGUGAACUUGAAACUGCAAAUAAUCACUUACAAAAGAGGCUAGAAAAGAUGAAAAAUARACGAAAAGAAGAGUUGUAGGUUUCAAAUCUUUCUCCUUGGAAUUAAGAACGUUAUGCCAUUCAAGGAAACUGAACAAGAAAAUAAUGUGUCAAAGUGUAAUUUUCCAUCUUCUGCGAAAAGCAGAAAUUGUAUAUGGUUUGUUACUCACGAUGAACAUCAUUCCUCAGCAGUUUUCUUGCCAAGUUUGUAUGCCCUUUAACUGUAAUUUAGGGUAAAAAAGGGUAGAUAAGUAUUCACUGUUUGCAAGUCAAARGGACAAGGAUGAGAUGUAUACUAGUCGUCUUUUAACCAAAGCCCAAUAACUAGAUAUAAAAAAUCAGGUUUUUAUUUUAUGAAGUUAUAAAAUUGUGGCUUUAUAAAGAUAUGAGGAUGUUAUGGAAGAUGUAUUGUAUGUUGACAAGAAAAACCCUGAAACUUUGYCCUUUAUUACCAAGGGUAACUUUAGCUGGCUUUCUCGAAGGCCAUCUUUUUUUACUUAUGCUAACUGUCUAUUUCAAACUGACUUUAAAAUGUACAUAUUCUCGUUGUAACUUGAUUUUGUCAUUGUCUACAUUGAAUAUAUUGCUUAAUAAUUAUUAUUGUUUGCUAUUCAAUAAUUUCCUGUUAUGAUAAGGUAAAAUUUGUAAGACUAUAGAAUGUCUGUUUCAAUUUUGUAAUCGAGAAUAUACCUGGUUUUGUAGAAUGAUAAUGACAAUAAUUAUAAUUAUUAAA